AUGAGUGCGCCUCGCCGCAGCCGGGAGCUGAUUGGCUGCGCGGGGAGACUCCGAGGGCGCUGCUACAGGAGCACCGGGCACUCGAGUCCUGCAGCCUCCGGAGUAGGUGCCGCGCGCCCGCCCGCCAGCCAGCCCGCCGCGCGCUCGGGAGCCGGGGCCGCACUCGGGCCGCCGCGCGCGCUCCCCUCCCCGCGCGAGCUCCCGCCGCAGGCCGAGGGCCGCCACCCGCCGAGGACCGGGCAGGAGCGCGCGGCCGCCGAGCCGGGCAGCGCUGGGGACGGUGUCUUUUGUCCCCGGAGAUCGCUGGAAGUUUGCGGCGGGACGCGCGCGGGGAGGCGGCCGAGGCAGCCCCGACGUCGCGGGAGCGAGUGCGCCGAGCCAGCAUGGGCAGCGGGCGCGGCGCGGGGGGGCCGCCGCUGGGCAGCCUCGGGCGUGCUGCUGGCGCUGGCCGCCGGGCUCCUGGCCGCGGGCUCGGCCAGCGAGUACGACUACGUGAGCUUCCAGUCGGACAUCGGCUCCUACCAGAGCGGGCGCUUCUACACCAAGCCGCCGCAGUGCGUGGACAUCCCGGUGGACCUGCGGCUGUGCCACAACGUGGGCUACAAGAAGAUGGUGCUGCCCAACCUGCUGGAGCACGAGACCAUGGCCGAGGUGAAGCAGCAGGCCAGCAGCUGGGUGCCCCUGCUCAACAAGAACUGCCACAUCGGAACCCAGGUCUUCCUCUGCUCGCUCUUCGCGCCCGUGUGCCUCGACCGGCCCAUCUACCCGUGCCGCUGGCUCUGCGAGGCCGUGCGCGACUCGUGCGAGCCCGUCAUGCAGUUCUUCGGCUUCUACUGGCCCGAGAUGCUCAAGUGUGACAAGUUCCCUGAGGGGGACGUCUGCAUCGCCAUGACCCCGCCCAAUGCCACCGAAGCCUCCAAGCCCCAAGGCACAACUGUGUGUCCUCCAUGUGACAACGAGUUAAAAUCUGAAGCCAUCAUUGAACAUCUCUGUGCGAGCGAGUUUGCCCUGAGAAUGAAAAUUAAAGAAGUGAAAAAAGAGAAUGGUGACAAAAAGAUUGUCCCCAAGAAGAAGAAGCCCCUCAAGUUGGGACCCAUCAAGAAGAAGGAACUGAAGAAGCUGGUCCUGUACCUGAAGAACGGGGCCGACUGCCCGUGCCACCAGCUGGACAACCUCAGCCACCAUUUCCUCAUCAUGGGCAGGAAAGUGAGGAGCCAGUACUUGCUGACGGCCAUCCACAAGUGGGACAAGAAAAAUAAGGAAUUCAAAAACUUCAUGAAGAAAAUGAAAAACCACGAAUGUCCCACUUUUCAGUCGGUCUUUAAGUGAUUCUCCCUGGGUGGGUUGGGGAGGGAGCCGUGGGUUGGGGGGAGGGGUGGGGCCGAGCAGACAGCCCUGGAAGCCAGAGGUUCACGCUCAGUGCUCCUUCGGUUGGUAGAGGACAUUGUAGUCCAGUCAGCUGUGCUCCGGCAGCAUCCCUAUGCCUCCCCUUCCAUAGCCAUGCUCCAGACCCAGUACAGCCAGUAUUUAAAACCGCAUGCAGGUAAGGAAAAUCAUUUAGGUUAGGAAGUCUUUUAGGAUCUACAGCAAGGAACGGCACAUCACUGAGUAAAAGCAGGUGCAAACCAUUUCAACCUGAGACGGCCACUAAAAAAGAAAAUUCUGCUGGUAAACAAACAAAAAACAAAAAGAAAAACGAGAUUGGGCAAAAAGUGAGAGGCAGCAGCAAAAACUCAGCUCUGCAACUUUCUUUGGUUCCAAGUUGCUUAUGGAUCUCGCAGCUGAUCUAGGCCUUUGGAACUAGAACAUUCCGACUAUUGGUCAGAUGUGUUGCUUUCAGUUCCAGAGUAACUUCUUUUUCUGUCUGCCUUUGAGAGAAACACACAGCCACACCCACAACUGGAGAUCGAUUCCGGAAAGUCAGCGCAGGGGCAGAAAGCACAAGGACAGUACGUAAUAGUGAAAACCCAGGGAGGUCACGGCUGCUCCCCCUUUCCAUGUGAUUGUCUUUUGAAACGAAUCCGCUAGUCUCUGAUGGCAUGUACGUGGCGGUUAGCAUUGGCCCCCGUGUGUGACCUGACCUCUGCACGUGUGGAGGGCCGCACGUGCCUGCCUUUGUGUGGGGAGAAGGAAACACCGUGGGGGACCAAACCCGCGGCAUGAGAGAGAUGAUGAUUUUCAGACAGAGAAGGCAAUGGUUAGUGGUUUUCAAAAAACAUAAAAA